AUAAGAUCUGAUUGGAGACCGGAAUCGUAUAAAGCUACUGACUGGGAUCUCUAGGUCCCUCUUUUUUCCAAUAUCUUAGCGGGCCAUCAAUCUGUUCGCCGCCGAGGAAAGCAAAAAAGGUUAAUAUGGAUAGUGAAAGGGACAGCAUCCCGGGCAGUUUUAUGGCACUACUAAACAUGGUUGAGCAGCCAAUGUCAAAUUUGAAUCCACAGAACAAUCUGAAGUCAGUACCCGAAGAUAGUUCUUGCUUUUCUGAUAGACCUUAUUGCUCAGAAGACAAUGAUGUACUUUCGAGACCAAACUUAAGGGUGGACACUUACGAUUAUGCUGAUGACUCAAAUGAAGUCCAGUCCCGUCUUGAAUGUAUCAAAGACACCAUUGAAAUUCCAGAUAUGAUAUCUGGGCCUGAAAAUCUAGAUCAGGAUUACUUAUUUUCUGCAUACAAUGUUCACACUGAGGAGUCUGAUUCUAAUGAACGAUACCUUGAAGGAGGACAAGUUGGAGCUGUUGAACACGGAAUUAGAAGUUUUUGUGAAGACACUUCUGUUCAAAUGUUAAGGCCGGUUGUUGGUAUGAAGUUUUCAUCAAAGGCAGAAGCAUAUGACUUCUACAAUACUUAUUCUUGGGUGCUUGGUUUCAGUAUUAGAAAUGGUGAUAAUUUUAUUAAUUCCAAAGGCGUACAAACUAUGCAGGAAUUAAUUUGCCAACGAGCCGGAAUCAACAAGACUACUAAAUAUGCCACUACUAGAUAUGGUUGCAAGGCAACACACAGGGUAAAUCUUAAUGAUAAUUCAGAAUGGUAUGUCAAAGUUUUUAGGCAGGAACACAAUCACUCCCUUGUCGAAUCUUGCAGUGAGAAAAAGCACCUGCAUUCACAUCAACAUAUUGACAAGCCAAUCAGAGAUUUAAUAAAGAAUCUUCGGGAGAAUAAUGUAUCACUCACAAGGGUUAAUUCUAUAGUAGCAGGUUUCUAUGGAUCAACAAAGAAAGUACCAUUCUGUAAGCGCAAGUUGCGUACUGUUUGUUCUCAGAUUGCAAGUGAAACCCUUCAGGACGACAUUGCUAAGACACUGGAGAAUUUCCGUGAUAUGAUAGCAAUGGACGAUAGAUUUUCUUUCUGUGCAUAGGUGGAUGAUGACAACGGGCUAAAGUCACUAAUGUGGACU